AUGGUGCUUGGUCAGCUCCAAAAGGAAAGCCUUAAAGCAAAACUCGAAAAGUGUGUGUUCUUCCAACAGGAGGUUGGUUGCCUGGGGCACGUAAUCUCCCACCAUGGGGUCUCAACAGACCCCAAGAAGAUUGAAGCGGUGGCGAACUGGCAACGUCCCCUGCACGUCUCAGAGCUGCGCUCCUUUUUGGGUUUUGCAAGCUAUUAUCGCCACUUUGUGGAGGGCUUUGCCAAACUGGCCGGCCCUUUGCAUCAGUUGGUGGCUGAGCUGUCAGGUAGAAAGUCUAAGAAGAGGUCGGCUGAGGCUUUGGGCGCUGAAUGGACACCUCAGUGUGAGGAAAGCUUCGAGGCCUUGAAGUCGAAGUUGGUUUUAGCCCCUGUGCCGACUUUUCGCGCCCUUUCACUUUGGAGGUCGAUGCUAGUCACAGUGGACUUGGAGCUGUUCUCUCACAGCAGACAGACAGUGGGGUAA